AUGGAUUCUUCGUCGACGCCUGAAAUUGUACCUGUUCCUUUGCGUGCUUCGUCAAAUGGCCGAGUUUCAGCUAAAUCCUGGAAACAUCUAAAGUCUGCUACAGUCCGAAGUCUCGUAUCUGCCGGACGGAAGUCCAAGAGCUGGGAUGAUCGAAUGGAAAAAGCGAAGAAAGCUAUGUCUAUUAAAAAGCUGGAGAAAGAGUUGAAGGACGAAAAGCAAGCUGAACUUACGCGUCGGAAAGAAAUAACAUUAGAGAGAAGAAAGGCAGCGGAAGAGAGGCGACGACUGGAAGAAGAGAAGGCCAAGAUGAGCGCUAGAAAAGCCGCUCGACUACGGAGAAAAGCUGGUAGAAGCAAGAAAAUUAACGGUUAA